AUGGCGUCUCAGCCAAUCACCAAAGAUGGACAGCCUGAAAAGACACGCUUCAAAAGCCGUGCUGGUGUCGUUAAAGCCCGCGCACGGUCGGCGAAAUCGGGGAGAAGGGAGCACAGACGACCUCGCCAACCUGAUCUUGUCGCCAUAUUCGAAGCUCAAGAUAUCCUGGUGUUUAUACCCGGCCAUGUGGAGUACGAACGUGCAGUCGCGUGCUCGAACCUGCUCUAUCGCUUCUCAAGGCCCACGUAUGUCAUUCGACCACAGACUGUUGCGCACGUCCAGACAAUCGUGACAGAGGCGAAGGAGCGCAAUAUUCCUAUUACGAUCAAGAAUGGCGGCCAUUCGUACUCUGGCUCUUCUUUCCCCAAUGAUGGCAUCAUGCUAGACCUCAAGGACAUGAGCAGUGUUCAUUUGGACAAGCAAAACCAAGUGUUGACCGUAGAAGGAGGCGCCUUGUGGGGAAAUGUGUAUAGAACCCUCGUUGAUAAUGAAGAUGGGCUCAUGAUCAACGGUGGCCGUUGCCCGAGUGUCGGCGUGAGUGGGUUCAUAUUGGGCGGGGGCAUCGGGCCUUUUAGCAGAAGCCUCGGCAUGGGAGUCGACUCUCUUAUUGAAGUAACGAUUGUUGCCGCUGAUGGAGAGACAUAUACUGUGACUGCCGAAGAUGCAGCAGACACAGCCAAUGGUAUGUUAUUCUGGGCACUAUGCGGCGCUGGAGGUGGCAAUUUCGGUGUGGUGGUUGAGAUGAAGUUAAGAGUCUAUCAAUUGGCUGAUCCGGAUCACACUGUCGUGGCUGGGAGACACACAUGGUUUCCAAAGAUUGAUCGAAGCCGGAGGGGGUUCCUCGGCUUUUCGAGGCAAGAUGACGAUGGGACCGGCUUGAUCGCCACCAUGAACCAUUUCUAUACGACGAAAUGGCCAGAACAGAUGACGAUUGAUAGCUCCUGGCUUUCCGACCUUGAACAACAGAACGGAGAUAUAGGGGUCCGUUUUCUUGCCUACUUUGAUGGCACAGACGACGAUUUCUCGAGGCUGAUUAAUAAGGGGAUCUUGAACAAAGAUCUGGGAAAGCAUCUAAAACGCCGAGCUCUGCCCGAGCCGACUACUCGUUUCUUGCACGAAACCCUCUUCGCUCAGUGGGACGAGGAAACCAAAAGGUCAACUCCGGCUAAUAGCACGUUUCGUUUGUUCAGCUCAUUUUGUUUCACAAAUGAUCUGAACAGGAUCACAAAGAUCACAGCUAUCAUCAAAGAGGAGCUGGAAGCGUUCAAAGCCCUAUUCAGCGGGGAGAGUUCUGGCCUGUGCCAGGUCUCGUUCAUCCAUGCCGGAGGUCAGACGACCAAGAGAGAGAGGUCCGCAUCAGCCUUUCGCUGGCGUGAAACCAUUUAUCACGCCUACAUAAUGCUCCAGUGGAAGGACAAGUGGCUGGAAAGAGACAUGAGAGGAUUUGCCAAAAAGUUCAAGAACAGGCUGAAACAGUACUCCAUCGCAGGCAAGGCCGCAUUCGUCAACUUCCCGGACGCGAGUCUACCACAAACCGAUUUUAUGAAGUCGUACUACGGCAACAACCGAGACAAGCUGCAGCAAGUCAAGCAUAUCUGGGACGAGGACAAUUUCUUCAGGUGGGAUCAAAGCAUUAUGCCUGCUCGGAAUGUUGAUGCAACGGAUAUCCAGGCCGCAGACAACGCUGUUAACGAGCAAGAGGAAAACCUGUCCGAUGGAGAAUCAGAGGAUGAGCAGGCUGAGACGGACUUGCUGGCAACAGAGCGCUGGGAGUCACGGCAGUCGGCGCCGGCGAUACCCAUGUUGACAUCAGGGAUCGAUAAUUUCGGCGGCUGGGCGGUCGACCCGGAUGAUAUGAUAUCUUACUAUUAG